GGAAUCUCAUUUACUGUAACUCUCCGUAUACCCACCGCCCAGUGCUAUCUUCUGUCUCAUCCUUUCUCCUUUUUGGUCGAGGCUGGACUGUCUUCUGUGUGUGGGCUGACCGUCGUCCCCUUCAUCCCACGUCCGCUGUCCUCAGCCCCCCCAGUGGCAGCAUUCUCUCGACCAACAGCUUCGUGCAGAUAGCCGCUAGCGAGCGGCCCAGUCAGCCUGUUGCUCUGACCUCUUCGGCGACCUCAAGAGUCUGGCUCACAGGCUCGUGCGGCUUGCUUUUGACCCUUUGCCCCUCUGAACCAUCCAUCAGACAUCCAAUCGGGCGGGCUAUCGAGCCCCUGCUCCCACCCACUCCUCCCAAUUAACCCAACCAGCCCGCAUAGAGGCCAGAGACUGCAAGCGUGCUCCGUCCUACAGACCGCAGAACUUCAGAUUCGCACAUCAUUGAACCUCCACCAACCCCCAGAAAGACCUUUCUUCUCCUCCAUCCAGGUCAUUUCAUGUGUGACACGACCGUCGCUAUUCCCGCCCUCUAGAUUCCUCCACUGACGACGAAUGCCUAGCCCUCUGUCCGCUUGCCCACGUUUUGUCGCAGCAUUCGAAUAUGCAGAGCCUGCCCGCCUUGCUGCGCUCUGAAAGGCAACAUUUGGCGCUGCAGACCCUCUCCGAGAGUCGGUGAACCACCGGGGCAAUGUCAGCGUCGCGCAGAGGAACACAAGAUUCGACGUCGCAAGGUGCUUCAGCCAAAUCAGGCUCAGUCCUUGCCGCCGCCUUUCAAUACACCGAACCGAGUCGACCUUCCCACUCCGCCUCCCGGUCGAGAUCAUCAAGCGUCCAUCAGGCGGGCAUGAGCGGUCUCUCGCCGCGUCGCCGUGCUCAGCAGGCUGCUAUGAACAGCUACGUCGCCAGCACUGACCUUCCUCCGCAUCCCCCACCCAUCUUUGUCCGUGCCCUGUACAACUAUGAAGCCGAUGACCACACCAGCUUGAGCUUUCGUCAGGGAGACAUAAUCCAGGUAUUGACCCAGUUGGAGAGUGGGUGGUGGGAUGGCGUGAUCAACGAUGUUCGGGGCUGGUUCCCCAGCAAUUAUACCGCCGAGAUCACAAAUCUGGAUGAACUGAGCGAGGCGGGACUAGCAGGCCACGACGAGAGUGAGACUGGAUCAGGCACCGAGGAAGACUAUGAUGAAGAGGAGGAAGAUUCAGACGCUCACACUCAAGAUGAGGACUCGGACUUGCCGAUUGAAGGUGGCCAUUCCCAGGCUCAGGAAGAGGCGGCGUUUUGGGUUCCCCAGGCGACUCCAGAUGGCCGAUUGUUUUAUUUCAACACCUUGACAGGUGUCAGUACAAUGGAACUGCCGUUGGAGACGCCAACAAGUUCGGAUGAGAGCGGACCACGCGAUCGAAACAAUUUUCAUGUGCCAGAGCAAACAAGGGCGCCGCCCGAGAUGAUGGCAGGAGGUUACGCGCAGAAUGAAGAGGACUAUGACGGAUCUGCCUCUGAGGCUGACGGUGAACAAUCGUUCUUGUCUUCACGCAAAAAAGGGUCCGGUUCUAUGACUUCUGCCAGUAUCUCAACCUCAACCUCGAUGGAUUCUCUCAACGUAAGUUCCGUCAGACAACUUGGAAACCAAAUAACCAAUCCUUUCUCCACCACUUUUGACUCUCACCUCAACAUGUCAAUGGUGCUGCCUCCUCUUGGGACUAGCUCGACUUCGUUCGCUGUAGGACUGCCGCCAAAACUGUCCAAAUCGCCCACCCCCCGAUUUUUCCUGGACGACGGAGGUGUCACUGCCGUCACAUGGAACAUCUUGGUAGACAAUAUGCGCACGGCCAUUGAGGCGUAUCGUCAUGCAAUUCGCGCACGAGCGCGCGCAGACUACGUUCGAAGGGCAGAAGACAUCUCAGAUCAUCUUCGCAUGUUGCUAGCCGCAGGAUCAGGCACUACGGAUAAUCACUCGGGAAACCCCUCGAUAAUCUCGUCGAACAAGGCUCUGUACCCUCACUUUCGAGAGAUGAUGUCCAAGUUUUCCAAGCUCGUCCUGUCUUCGCAUAUUGCCGCCGCCGACUGGCCGGGACCUGACGCAUUGACGAAAUGUCUACAAGAGGCCGAUGGUGUGAUGAAUGGAGUUUAUGGAUAUGUAGAGGUGGCCCGACAACAGAGAGGAGAAGAGAUUCCGCGGUUGUUUCCUGGCUUUAUCAUGGGCAGUACCGUUGGAGGGAACUGGCGGGACAACAAUAUUGAAAGCCAAACCAAUUUGGAUGAGGUUUCAUUUAUGGAUUCCAAUGACGAGAUCGGCUGGCGACCAUCGGAACCACUCGACGUAAACCUACUUCGGCGCAUCGAGGAUUCCAAGAAGACUUUAUCAGCUGCAAUCCGUCGGCUUGAGGAAGUCCUGUUACUCACCGAGAAGAUCGUCACUCCUGCGCGGCUAGCUGCCAUUGGAGAUACGGUCUGUCAAGGAGCAGGUCUGGUUCUCGAACAAUUUCGACCUUGGAUCUCCCACGUCGAAUCUAUCGAUCUCUCUGUGCUGGGAAAUGUGUUCCAGAAACCAUCGUUGGUGGACUUUGGAUCUCAGAAGCAAAAGGCUUACGACUCCAUUGGUGAAUUGGUGGCAACUUGUCAGGCUGUCACUACGCCUCUGCCGGACGAAUGGGCUGAAGUGCGUGGCGAAUCGCUGGAUACUCGAAUCAACCACGUUCGAAGUGCUUGCCAGCAGCUUGAUACUCACGUGGCCAAUGUGGGCUACGCAUUGGAGCUAUUGCUCCCCGCUACCUCCCUAAACCCGGCCAUGGCUACCAACAAGCGGGAGAACCGCGUGACAGACGGAGGCGAAACCUACCAGACUCACCAUCUUCGGUCCGAUUCGAAGCAUGCGGCCAAUCUGCGACCUGCGCUGGCAGAUCUCGGUCAGUCAAAAUCAUACACGCUUGGUGAAGAUCCAAUGGCAGACAAACUGCGCCGACCACCGACCAAAGACAAGGCAAGACAAUUCUUUGGACAGAUCCCUCCGGAUCUGAACCCUGUUAAAGCCACUAUUGAACCAAGCUUUCCUGUGGAUGAGGUCCCGUGGUAUUUGCAACUCGAUCACGCCGACGAGGUUACUUAUGAUACCAAAAAUGACCCUCCUCAAGUCAAAAGCGGCACCCUUACUGGACUUGUCGAGCAACUUACUCGACAUGAUCGGCCGGAUACGAACUUUACAACAACCUUUUUGCUCACUUACCGUUCUUUCACGUCAGCUUCGGAGCUCUUUGAGCUUUUGGUAAGGCGGUUCAACCUUCAACCACCUGCCGGCCUGAAUCGAGACGAAUACUCGAUUUGGGAAGAGCACAAGCAGAAGCCAGCAAGAUUUAGAGUACUAAACAUCCUCAAAUCGUGGCUGGAACAAUAUUGGAUGGAGGCGGACGAUGGCAAUAGUCAAGCAUUGCUUGAGCGAAUGCUGGCUUUCGCGAACCGUACAUAUACCACGACUAAGAUUCCACUGGCAAAGGCUUUGACAACCAUCAUCGACCAGCGAUUGAAAGGAGGAGAGGCGUUGUCCAAGAAGCUUGUGUUGACCCUCACCAAUUCCGCGCCGGCCCCUAUCUUGCCCAAGAACAUGAAGAAGCUCAAAUUCCUGGACAUUGAUCCUAAAGAAUUUGCGCGGCAGCUGACCAUCAUUGAAUCAAAGCUCUAUGGCAAGAUCAAGCCUGUAGAAUGCCUGGCCAAGACAUGGGAGAGGAAGAGCAAGUCGGACAGCAGCGAUACUGCUCCAAACGUGCAGGCUCUCAUCUUACAUUCAAACCAGUUGACUAACUGGGUUUCUGCCAUGAUUUUGGGGCAGUCAGAGGUGAAGAAGAGAGUGGUCAUCAUCAAACACUUUGUGCUGAUUGCUGAGCAAUGCCGCGUAUUGAACAAUUUCUCGGCUGUGACGGCCAUCAUUUCAGCGCUCGGCACUGCCCACAUCGUCCGACUGAGUCGAACAUGGCAAGCUGUCAACCCCAAGACCAACGCAAUCCUCGAGUCGAUGCGCAAUCUGAUCGCAUCUUCGAAGAACUUUGCACUUUACCGCGAAACACUGCGCCAGGCAACCCCGCCGUGCAUUCCCUUUCUGGGUGUCUAUCUGACCGACCUGACGUUCAUUGAGGAUGGAAUCCCGUCACUUACCAAGAACACGGAGUUGAUCAAUUUCGCUAAACGGACCAAGACUGCCGAAGUUAUUCGAGACAUUCAGCAGUAUCAGAAUGUGCCUUACAGUCUCCAUCCAGUCCCCGAAUUACAGGAGUGGAUUUCCGAUAACAUGAAAAAUGCCGGAGACUCCCACGACGACAUGUUUGCUCAGAGUCUUAGGGUUGAACCCCGCGAGCGAGAAGAAGAGAAAAUUGCGCGGCUGCUGUCCGAAUCGGGGUUCCUGUGAAAUGGGAGAUGCACAAAGGUUGAAUCUACCGUCACAAUUUGUUUUUGUCCGGAACAAAAGCAUGGUUCCUCCGUGAUAAUACGGCUUUCGCUAUACAGACGAGUUCAGUACCGCGCACCGCACACCGCAGCACAGCUCGACGUCGGGCACGUUGCGUCCCACGACUUGGACACCCAAAGACAUGAAAUCAAUUGGCGCACGGCCUGGGAAUAAUGAUGGCAAGCAUAUGGUGUUACGAUGAAAACAUCUGGGAUUGGAUUUGGAUGAGGAGAUAUGUGCCCACGUCAAGUUAACGAAGCUCUGCAUGCUUGUGAGUAUGGAAAUCUGGCUGCAUUGGGGAUUCUAUUGUGCUUAUGAUAGCUGGAGUUUCUCGUCUUCCCCCGGACCGGCGGCGUCCUUGUGGCUUUGCUGAAGGGGCGAGCUUGGGAGGUGCAUGAACAUGCGGUAGUCAGGAUCAUGAUCAUGGGGCCCUGCAGAGGAUGGACACAGAGGGCCAUUUCCGUGGAUUGGAUAUGGGUGGCUUUGUUCUUCUCUCUUUCUCGGCGCCCUUUUCUCUCUGUCCGGCUCGCUCAGGUACGCACCAACAGCUUUUCGUAUAGAUCAUAUCAGCACCUAUAUCGCAAGCAUGUCAAUUUCUGAUACAAGGCCGCCGGCUCCUUUG